GUUUGGGUUCCUGAAUUUUCUGAUACCAAAUUGGAUUUUGUUCAUUAUUGCUGGAUUUUGUUGCAACCCAUCUCUCUCUAGAAUCUAGCUUGGCUGUGAAAUAUAUGUUGUAGUUAAUAAUGCCAGAUCCAGGGAUAUCCCACUCGAAAUAAAACUAGGGUUUUCUUUCAAAAAAAUUUGUUCUAUGAUUAUUUGCUUUAAGAUUUCUAUAUUCCCACUUGAUUCAUUUGUUUGUAGAUUUUUCUAAAUUUCUAUCUGAUGUAGAAACCUAGAUGGAGCAAUGUGUUGAUUCAUUAUUCACAUGAGAAAAAAGUCUAACAAUGCACAUGAACUGUUUGACAAAAGGGUUAUCAAAAGAAGACUGUAGCUAUACCUUUUCUUAUUGAACAAUGGCAAUGCCCUGUGGCUAGUAUCUUAGUUUGCUGGGCUAUGGUUUGACUGUUAAAAUGGUUGGAUUUUUCUCUGCACAAUGUUCCAAGCUGAAGACUCAGAUUCCUAAGCUUCUAAAGGGACCAUUCCCUGUAAGUUUAUGUAUCUCUAGCUCAAUUUUUGGAUCCCAGGAAACUAUUGCUGAGCCUCAUGGAAGUGGUCAAGCCCAAGCCCGAAUGUUCAGCCCUAGACGGGUAUCGUUGAGGCCCAAGCCCAAGAUCAAGCCCAAGCCUAGUCAAGCCAAAGACCAAGCCCAAGUCCUAUAUGUUUUGUUGGCAUUGUGGGUCAACAAUACUAGUAUUUCCUUUUGCUGCACAACCCUGUUGCGUGUGUCUCAGGCCAUUGGACAGCAAUGAAGGGCCUCAAUCAAAGGGCCACACCCCAUUAUAACUAUGAAAGCAACCAUCUCAUUCAGCUUGUUCCACCUCUAUUGAAAUCAAAUGCAUUUGUGACUGGGAUGUGGAUAGAUAUGGGGCAAUUGGAUGGUGAUGCAGUGGUGGAACUAGAGGCACUGGCCGAGCCAUGUUGACAACUGUGAUUAAUGAUUAUCACUCAGCUGGGAGAUUACGGUAUGGGAAAUUAUGAUCAUCUCAUUAUAAAUCUAUGAUUUACAUGCAUUUUCUUCAUUUGUAAUAAUCAUCAACUUGUUGAUAAUCUUCAAGGUGAUGGUAAUAGAAUAUGAUAAUAGGAUAAUCAAUGAUAUCUUCAUGUGACCUUAUUUUAAGUGUUGAGGACUUUGGACCUAAGUUUAGAAAAAAAUAUUCCUCAAGGAAGGCAAUUGUGGGCUGCCCUUGGUCUCAAAUUACUCAAA